CGCCCGGUUUAGUUUUUUGCUGGUGAAUAUUUAAUGCCAGCCGUGUUUACGUUUUAUACCGCGUCAGCUGCGUUCAAUGCCGUGUUCGGUCAUAUCAGUGUCACCUUCGUGAUUGCUGUGUUUAAAAAGAAAAGGUUUACCUAUAUUCAAUCUUCUACACGGAAUCUAUAAAAAGGCGUUGACUUGGUAUAAAAGUUAUCGAAACGAUAAUGUACAAGGUAUGCGAUAAUUCGUGUACACAAGUUUGUAAGGUGAUUCAGUAACCGAAUCAAAAGUUCAGUUCAUCGGGAAUUCGAGUAUUUUGAAUGUUGAAAAAUGGACUAAGGAGUUCAAGGAAGGAAAUUAUGUUUUCGUUUAUUACACUGCACUUCGUCAGCCGUGUAAUUAGGUAGCGAGGAACCGUAGCAGAAGAGAGAGAAAGAAUGUUUAUAUAGAGGUUUCGUUUUGAGACUGCUAGACUUAACAAUGCUGUUUCUCAGCGGAUUUUUUGUCUGUCUCCUAUUUCAAGGGGUGCUGGCAGACGAGUCCCGGACAGCCGUGAUAGCAGCUGGGUGUGUGGCCGGCGGGUUGCUGUUCAUUGCUGUCAUCGUGGCUGUCGCCUGCUUCUUCCUGAGGUCCAUGAGGCGCGCUGAGAAGAAACCCCUGCCCGGCUCCCACAAGGACCCCACGGCCAACGGCGUCUACCGGUACGACAACCCCGAGGCCUACACCAGCACCCUGCCCCGCCCCACCACGGACCUGGGACCCAAGGCAUACACCCAGCACGCGGCCCUCCCACGACAGCGCCCGCCCCUCAACUUCUACACCGUCAGGGCCGAGCCCAGAGCGCUCGUGGAACCCCCGGGGAUGAUCCCCAUGGGGCCAGCUCAGUCUUUCCGAGGGCCACCCCCCGUGGGUCGCCCGGUUAUAUUUUUAGACUGGAGGACAGGGGAGAGAACCAAAGGAUAUCAAGGAGAAUUUAUGUAUCCCAGUGGUGGGACAAUGCUCUACUAUGCAAACGGUGGACCACUUCUCAAGGACAGCGACCAAGGCGAAGAUAGAUCCAACCGUCGCCGACACAGCCGCGACUCCCGGGGUCACCGGAAAAGCAAGUCCGUGUCCAAGUCGAGGUCGCGAUCACGUGACCUCGAGAAACGCUCGAGCCGGCGUCACAGCCUUCACAGCACCCACGACGAGACGCCCAUCCUGGCCGCCCCCGGGGACAUCAUCUUCCAGACCCAGAACGAGGAGAGCCGCUCCCUCCACCGCGGCGUGGGGCGCAAGAAGAGCCACAACAACGACGACAACAACAACAACCCGCUGGAGAUGUACUUCGUCAACCCGAUGACCAACCACGCCGACCCGGAUUCGUUGGCGGCCAACCCAGGCGGGUACGUCAUGGAGAACGGGGUCUACUCUCUGACCCAGCUGCAGAGCUCGAACGGACAUUCUAGAAACGUCGAGACGUCGCUGCAGGACAAAGAGAACGUCAUCAACUUCAGCGAUGAAGACGACGACAACGACGACACGGUAAGAAGAAAAUUCAGCGCCCCCAAGUUUGAAGAAUUACCUUUUGUGCAAGGACCAAACGUUUUUUCUGAAACAAACAGGCCGUCGUAUAACGAAAAAAGAAGGCCGUCGUAUAGCGAAACAAGCAGGCCGUCGUAUAACGAAACAAGAAGGCCAUCGUAUAGCGAAACAAAUAGACAGACGUACACCCCGCCGGUUUCUGAACCCGUGCGGCUCCCGCCCCCACCCCCGCCCCCGGCUCAUGAUGAAGGAUACCUGAUCAUCCCGCGAGUGUCCGUGAGGAUCCCGGAUAAAGAAAACCACGAGUUCAGUCCAGAGGAAAUCGAUGACAUCAUCGCCUUGGGUUCUAGACCUCCCCAGCGGGAGGCCAGCUUCCACCGCCAAAACCCAACCUUAGACCGGCCACCGUCUCCACCCUCCCGACCCCCGACCCCGCCCUUUGACGGGUCCAUCGACGGGUCUUUCCCGCAGGUUACGUACUACAAGGAAACAAAAUCAACCGUGGAGACGGUCGAGAGGCUGCCCACCCCUCCCCCAGAUAUGGACUCUGACGACGAUUCCGAAACCUCCCCCAAAACCAAACCCCCCACCCCUCCUCCCCUCCCUCACAAUUUCGGCAGCGUUAAAGUCCGACCCCCGACCCCUCCGCCUGGUCGAAUAACUCAAGAGAAAUUCGACAUCGACGACAUCAUCAAAAUGGGCAAGGAACCCGAAAGGAAAAAAUCUCUGACGGAGAGCCCCAGCAACGAUUCCGGCCUGCCCUUCAUGGCGGAGCUCCGGAAACGGCAGAAAGUCUUCGACGACGCGGACGACAGAUCGUCUGCUCCGGCCCACGUGGGGUCGUCCCACAAACCGGCAAAACCGGCCAACAACCGGCACGUCUCCAUGUUCGCCCGGCGCCCCAGCAACAGCAGCAGCGGCGGGUCCGGCUCCCCCACCCCGGCGGCCAAGCUCCCCAGCCGCCCGUCCACGGUGCAGUUCGCGGACGACCCCCCGGAGAUCAUCCCCCGCAAUGAUGAGCCAGACAGCCCCAACGGAUUUGAACCCCCGCCUUUAGGAUCUUCGUCUGCUCCAGCACCGCCUCCGUUCCCACCACCUUUUAGCCCGACAUCAGCCCCGCCCCCUCCACCACCACCACCUCCCCCUCCACCUCCGCCACCUCCCCCACCCCCGCCAAUGUUGAAAUAAGUAUUUUUUUUUAAAACGUUAAUUUAUUCCACAUUAAUCUCAAACCCAUGUUACUAUUAAAAUUUAAAAUAGAUUGUUAUAACUAGAACAAAGUAUGAAUUUGUUUUGUAUACAUGUAUGCGCGCUUGUAUAAUUGUAUGUAAAAUUAUGUUCCCAGCAAGCACUAAUGUGACCCUCCAACCCACCAUAACCAGACCCCAGUUGGACCCCUAUACUACACCCAACAUCCCCUAACACAAAACAAAAACGUUUUCCUACUGCAAGGCCAUAUCAACAGAGUUUAAUUAAAUUAUUAUUUUUAUUUUGUUUCGUAAUUCGAUAAUACCCAGUGUCAUGUUGUUUUAUAUUUAAACCACUGGUUGGUUGAAAAAAAUGUGAUUUUGUAAACAUUUGCUUUUUCAUAUUUUAAUAUAUUGUCAUAUGAAUUAACUGUCCCAUACUACACACACACACACACACACACACACACACACAAAACAACACACGUACAGACUGUGAUACAAUCUGGUGACACACACAUAACUACACACUAAUCCAGACACAUACACAAUAAAA